AUCUCGACCAGGACAAAGCGGAUGAGAAGCCGAAUCUGAUGCAAUGUCACGGCCGUCUGCCCAGAAGCCUGGGGAUUCAAAAGAAGAGCAAGGAGAAUCGGCCCAUCCGGACAGAAGUGUUACGGCGAACCUUUCUCAUGAGACAUUCAAGUCCUUUACUGAUGAGGUACAGAGUUGCGGUUCAUUCAGCUCCUCGGGAGGACGGCAACCCGGGCCGCAUGCCUCUGGGAGCAACUCGGACAGUGGAAAGCAGACUACAAGCUUGGAACAAGGGGACGAACAGUAUGAACCUUCGGACUUCGAAGAUAAUGAAACGAAGUUGAGUAAAAAAUGGAUCAGCUACCUCAAGGGUAAAGAAACGAACUCUGGAAAGCACUCACCAGACACUAAACUUAAAACAGAAAUCGCUCGGGUGUCCGAUGAAGAACUGAAUGCCCUGCAGUCUUUUUGCAGCAUUAAGAUAAACUUGAUCCAUCAUAGAGUGGACUCUAAAAAGAGCAGCAGACGCAAAAAGCUGCAGUUUAGAUGGGAUGCAGAGGCUUCAAAGACAGAUGCCUUAAAUUGUACUGUCCCUGAUGAGCUUUUGAACAGAAUGUAUUUUAAAAACAUUAGGACAAAAGCAAAACAGGUGGAAGCAGCUAAGCAACAUAUUUCUUCUCAGUGUCCCAGUUGUAACAGGAAAAGAGCAGAGCUGGCCCAGUGUGCCUUCUUGAAACAGAAGAAGACUUUACUGGAGUCACAUCUACUAGAAAAGAAAAUAGAUGAACAUCUUCAUACCAAAGACUUUCUCACCCGUAUUGGAGAAGCACAUCAGGACCUUCCCAGGCUUUCAGAUGACCCUAGAAUAAUCUGGAAAAGACUGAAUGAGAAAAGUCAGAUUGGAUACUCUGGUUGUGAAAGGUCAGAUAUAGAGCAGAAAUUGUAGCAAGAUAGAAAUAGCACUUGUCAGUCAUCUAUUUCUAUGCCACUUCUCAAGCCACUGUUUGUUGUAACCAAACAGGAGAUGGUGGUUAUUAAUAGUAAUGUGUAAUUUUGAUAAAUGUUCCUGUUGUGUAUUUGAGUAAUUACCAUUAUUUCUACAGGCACUUUGGAAACUAAGACUACUGUGCUUCCUUCACAGGUUUGAGGACUAAGAACUUUCUAUCCAAUACAUUUUUCAGAUUACAGAAGACAAAGUUGUAGUUGGAAUAGUUACAAAACUCUUGCAACAAUCCAGGAGAGAGAAUUGGUAGUUUGGACUAGGGUGUUGACACUACAGAAAGAAGGAAGUAGAGAGGGUAAGAUACUUAGGAAGUAAUAAGUGACUGUCUUUUGUAGUGCAAUGGUUAUGGGGAUCUAAUAAAAGAUAAAUGUUAAAAAAUG